CCCCACUUCUGGUACUCAAAUCCCAGUGUGCCUUGUAGAACCUGAUUGUGAGACUCCAGAAACAUGUCCUGUCAACAGCAGCAGUGCAAGCAGCCCUCCCAGCCACCUCCUGUGGUCAUAACUCCAAAGUGCCCAGUGCCAUGCCCACCUCCAAAGUGCCCUGAGCCGUGCCCACCUCCACAACACAAAUGUCCUCCUGUGCAGCCUCGCCCACCCUGCCAGCAGAAGUGCCCGCCCAAGAGCAAGUAA